AUGGCCCAGUGGAACCACACAGUGAUAACGGAGCUCAUGUUCUUGGCCUUCCCCAGCCACCCAGAGCUGCAGGCCUUGUUUUUCCUGGGCAUCACCAUCAUCUAUGCAGUCAUAGUGACAGGGAACCUGCUCAUCCUGGCAGCCAUCCAGGGAGACUCCCGCCUGCACACCCCCAUGUACUUUUUCCUGGGAGCCCUCUCUGUUGUUGAGCUCAGCUACACAGCAGCUGUUGUCCCACAAAUGUUGGCAAGCUCCCUGCAGACCAGGAAGACCAUUAGCUUUGGGGCAUGUGGGGCACAGAUGUUCUUCUUCAUUGGUCUGGGAGGUGCUGACUGCUUCCUGCUGGCUGUCAUGGCCUAUGACCGUUAUGUGGCCAUCUGGCACCCAUUGCACUACACCCUCAUCAUGACAUGGCAGCUCUCCCUGUGCCUGGUGGUGGCCUCGCUGCUGGUCGGUUUCCUCCUUGCCCUGGAUCUAGUGGUGCUGAUCUUCAGCUUGCCCUUCUGUGGGGCCCAUGGCAUUCAGCACUUCUUCUGUGAUGUGCCACCCCUGCUAUGGCUCGUCUGUGCCAAGACUGAGACCCAUGAAAUAGCUGUCUUCCUGGCUGGAACAGCAGCCGUCUUGGUGCCCUUCGUGUUGAUCUGUGCUUCCUACAUUUUCAUCGCACGUGCAGUGCUGCAGAUUCGCUCAACCCGGGGCCGGCGCCGGGCCUUUUCCACCUGCUCCUCCCACUUGGUGGUGGUGGUGCUGCAGUAUGGCUGCUGUGGCUUUGUGUACCUGCGCCCCAGCUCCAGCUUCUCUCCAGAGCAAGAUCAACUGCUAUCGCUAGUGUACACCCUGGGCACACCCAUUCUAAACCCCAUCAUCUAUACCCUGAGGAAUGGAGAGGUGAAGGGAGCCCUGAGAAAAGCCCUCUGGAAACCUGUGUCCUUAGGGGUGUCUGAAUCCCACUGA